AUGGGUGCGGGGGCCCCGCCACAAACUCCGCUCCAAGCAAACCUGCAGCUCUCAACAAGCAACGAUGGGUGCGGGGGCCCCGCCACAAACUCCGCUCCAAGCAAACCUCCAGCUCUCAACAAGAAAAUGAGGAUUAUCCUCGCUGCAAAGCAGCAACAACGGAGGGUGCGGAGGCCCCAACAGAGAUUUCUCCGCUCCACAGAGCCCUCCCUCAACCUUCACCAAGAAAAUGAGGAUAUAAAUUAUCCUCGCUGCAAAGCAGCAACAACGGAGGGUGCGGAGGCCCCAACAGAGAUUUCUCCGCUCCACAGAACCCUCCCUCAACCUUCACCAAGGUUGAGGCUGGACACAAUCCAACCCCUUCAUCACGGAGGAGUUGGAACGACGGAUGCGGAGGCCUCAAAUCCUCUGCACCCCCUACCCUACCCUUUCCUACCCUUUCCUACCCUACCCUACCCUACCCCACCAAAUUUAUCCCCUGUCCCCCACCCCACAUUAGGGGAGGAGGACAGAUCUCCCUUUUUUUCUUUUUUUUUCUCCACAGAAAAUGAGGAUAUAAAUUAUCCUCGCUGCAAAGCAGCAACAACGGAGGGUGCGGAGGCCCCAACAGAGAUUUCUCCGCUCCACAGAGCCCUCCCUCAACCUUCACCAAGGUUGAGGCUGGAGACAAUCCAACCCCUCCAUCACAGAGGAGUUGGAAGGGAGGAUGCGGAGGCCUCAACUCAGAGUUCUCCGCUCCAUGGAAUCCCCUCCAGCCUUCAUCAAGAGGAUGAGGCUGGACACAAUCCAACCCCUCCAUCACAGAGGAGUUGGAAGGGAGGAUGCGGAGGCCUCAACUCAGAGUUCUCCGCUCCACACAGAUCUCCUCCAGCCCUCAUCAAGGGGAGUAAGAGUGGAGAUAUCCAGCCCCCAACCCCUCCAUAAAGGGAGGAGGAUGGAUAUGACACUUCCUCUAAUCCCCACAGAAAACAAGGACAGAAAUGAUCCUUGCAGAGAAUCUACAACGGAGGGUGCGGAGGCCCCAACAGAGAUUUCUCCGCUCCACAGAGCCCUCCCUCAACCUUCACCAAGGUUGAGGCUGGACACAAUCCAACCCCUUCAUCACGGAGGAGUUGGAACGACAGAUGCGGAGGCCUCAA